AUGGUGAAAUUUUUCCCAGUGGACCCUGGACAUCUGCGAGAAGAGCUUACAAGGUAUCUUUUUACUCUUCAAAUAAAGAAGGAUUUGGCUCUGGGAAGGCUUCCAUGCAGUGACAACUGUACAGCGUUGAUGAUAUCUCACAUCUUACAAUCAGAACUGGGAGACUUUCAUGAAGAAACAGAUAGGAAAUAUUUGGCACAAACCCGGUACUUACCGAACCAAGACGAUUUAGAGAGCAAGAUCGUGCACUUCCAUCAGCAGCACAUUGGCAGGAGCCCAGCUGAAUCUCACAUUUUGCUACUGGACAUAGCGAGGAAGCUGGACAUGUACGGCAUCAGGCCGCACCCUGCCAGUGAUGGUGAAGGGAUGCAGAUCCAACUGGCUGUUGCUCACAUGGGCAUACUGGUGUUACGGGGAAAUACAAAGAUAAAUACUUUCAACUGGGCUAAAAUUCGCAAGUUGAGUUUUAAGAGAAAACAUUUUCUCAUCAAACUUCAUGCCAACAUCUUGGUGUUGUGCAAGGAUACCUUGGAGUUCACCAUGGCCAGCCGAGAUGCCUGCAAGGCUUUCUGGAAGACUUGUGUGGAGUACCAUGCUUUCUUCAGACUUUCUGAAGAGCCCAAAUCAAAGCCCAAAACCCUACUCUGCAGCAAGGGUUCCAGUUUCCGCUACAGCGGAAGAACCCAAAGGCAACUUUUGGAAUAUGGGAAAAAGGGGAGUUUGAAGAGCUUGCCAUUUGAAAGGAAACAUUACCCAUCUCAGUACCAUGAAUGACAGUGCAGGUCCUCACCAGACCUCCUCUAUGAUGUGUCAAAACAAGUGGAAGAUUUGAGACUAGCCUAUGGCAGUGGGUACUACCGAAAUGUGAAUGGAGUGCACGCCUCUGAGCCUGUGCUGGACAGCAGGAGGAGAAACUCUGCAGUGGAGGUGACCUUUGCAGCCGAGCUGGAGCAUUCCAAACCAGAGGCAGAGCCCACAUCAUUACAUCAGUUCCAGAGCAGUUCCUCGUUCCCUUUUAUUUAUACAGACCCUGUCUUUACCACCGACCCCGAUCCUGACCACUUUGAGGAAAAGAGUCCUCUAAGCUCCUUCCAAACAAGCUGUAAGUUUGCUGACAAUCACACGAGCACAUCUUCUGCCCUUACAAGCAAAGUGAGUCCAGCAAGGCAGCUAACUUACACAGAUGUGCCCUAUAUUCCUUGUACUGGUCAGCAGGUUGAUAUUAUGCCUCCCCAAGUCUUCUUUUAUGUGGACAGACCACCCCAGGGGCCCAGACAGUCUCCAAUCAUGGCAGAGGAAAGGGAAAGGCCAGACAGCUGUCUACAGCCUACCGCAAUGAAGCCAGCCAAAAGAAGCCCAAGGAACCUCAGAAUGAAGAGCUUUCAGCAAGACUUUCAAGAACUCCAAGAAGCUAUGGCCCAAACUACUGGCAGGGGCAACCUCAAUGUAGAUCUAGAAGAGGAAGAUCCAAAUUUGGAAGAUGCAUUUGCAUAUAACAUUCAAGAGCCAACCCCUAAACGGUCCCAGAGCCAAUCAGACAUGAAAACUAUCCGUUUUCCUUUUGGAUCAGAAUUUAGACCUUUAGGGCCUUGUCCUGCUCUGAGUCGUAAAGCUGACCUGUUUACAUAUGUGUUUGCAGAGCAGGAGUUUCCAACAGUUUUAGCGGAUCAGGGAGCAACAGAAGGGUAUGUAGCUAGUGAAUCCAGUGAUUCUGAAUCAGAGAUUCUUAAACCAGACUACUACUCUUUGUAUGACAAAGGAAUAAGUUCACCCACGGCCAGAAUCCGCUUGUCUUCUGGUAGCCUACAGCUAGAUGAAGAAGAUGAAGAUGUCUCUUUCAAUACAUCAAGUGCUGAAGAUACGACUUUGUGA